CACCGUUCCUACCUCGUCAUUAAUUUAUUCUAAUUAUACGUAAAUAUGCGUUACCGCCAUUAUGGAGGACAAACAAACGUAAACAAAUAGUUCGGAGAUGUCAACAGAAAGCGAACAUUUGUCUAAGCUUGAUUCUAAUGCAAAGCAAAGAUACUUAGAAAAAAUAAGCUUUAUAAACCACGUUGACCCAUAUCUUCUUAAAGAUACUGAUUUCUCUGAUAAUAUAGAUAGUUAUCCAAAUGUUACAUAUCCGGAUAUUGUUAACUAUUUUUUAUUUGCUCCAAGUCCUCUUACUAAGGAUCAGUUAAAAGCAUACAAAGCUCUUGAUUCUUAUAAUCAAUUUGUAUCAGGUUGGGUUAUCAACGCUGGUGUGAAAUUAUUUGAGAAAUAUGUUCUUAUUCAUGGCAGAGUGAAACACUCUCAAAAAAUGAAUGAUGUACCAUUACAUCCAUGGAUUAUUUCGGAGAAGUCAGGAAAUAUAGUUUGUGCACAUUGCAAUUGCAUGGCUGGUCUCGGAGAAAGUUGUUCACAUGUUGGUGCGGUACUAUUUCAUAUUGAGUGUGCAGUUAAAAUUAGAAAUUCAAAAACAUGCACUGAUGAAAAAGCUUAUUGGUUACUACCAAGCUCUAAAAAGAUAGAAUUCAAGCCUGUUUCAGAUAUUGAUUUUACAUCACCCAAAUCUUUGCAAUGCAAUUUAAAUAAUAAAGUUCAAGGCAUAAUCUAUGACAAAAAAAUAGCACAUAGAAAAAGUGUUUCUAUUCCAACAAAAGAUGAAACUGAUAAAUUUUUUUUAGACCUUAGUCAAUGUGGAACAAAACCAGCUAUUCUUUCAAUUAUUCCUGGGUUUACCAAACCUUAUAAACCAUCAAUAAUAACAGAAAAAUAUCCUGAAUCUUUAUCAGAAAAAUAUAUUUUUAAACUUUGAACAACUCCUAGCUGCUUGUAAAAAAAAAAAAAUUACAAUAACGAUUGAGCAAAGUAAAAAUGUUGAGAGUACAACGCGACUUCAAGCAAAAAGUAAAAACUGGUUUUACUUUAGGGCAGGUCGUAUAACUGCUUCAAAAUUUGGGAGUGUGUGCUGCGCAAACAUCACCCAACCACCAAUCAGUUUGAUUAUGCAAGUAUGUUACCCCAUUCAAGCACGUUUUUGCACAGCAGCAACAAAAUGGGGAAAUGACCAUGAAAAAAAAGCAUUGACUUUGUAUUCCACAACCAUGGAAAA